UCAAGAAUUGAAGCUUCUCGGUCAGGUGUUUUGGCAUUCAGGGCACCAUUCCGUCGGUUUCGUUAACACAUAUAAAUGUACCUUAAGGCUAUUUGUAUCGCGGCGAAUAAAAUGGGCUAACACGCAUGGCGCCAUAAUAAACACGUAACGUAACCGGUAGACUGGCUCCACACGUAAAAGGUACAACAAAAGAGUUGAAUCUGCCAUAACAAAAGCAGCAGCUUGCGGUUAUUUCUUCACUGAUUGCAGCAGUCACAAUCGAUCGAUUGCAAUGUUCGGAUCGUGUUGGAUUUAUACAGCGGUGUUCGUCUACGCCUUCAUGUUGGCAGUGCUGAAAACCGGGGCUGUGACGAAAGACGUUACCAUUUUUGGAGAUGACAGCAUAUCAAGAAAUGAAACAACUAAAGUCAACUUUACUCGAAUUGUUGGUGGUGCCUGGGCUAAAAGAGGAGCUUAUCCUUACCAGGUGGCCAUAUUUGUCAAAAAAGAGUUCACUUGUGGAGGGACUUUACUUGAAGGUGGACUUCAUGUACUGACGGCUGCCCACUGUAUAAAUCCCUUGGGAAGAGAAGCGGGACUGAUAACUCUUUAUUUUCGGACUACUGUUUUGAACCCUUUGGACGCUAUUCACAUUGAAAGAAAAGCUGCAAAAUUUGUGACGCAUCCAUCUUAUAACAGCACUUCGUUUGAAAAUGACCUUGGUGUUAUUACCCUUUCCAAACCGGUCUUCGAAAUUCGUCCCGUGAAACUUGAACGAGUCGAUCCCUUCAACCAAACUCAUAUCGGAAAAGAAGCUACUGUAAUCGGAUGGGGACGAACGCGACAGGUUUUGCAUCCUGCAAUGUCUUCUGGUGCAGCGUCUAACCAUUUACGACAUGUCAAUGUAACCAUCCUCGACACAAAGGACUGUUCCGUUUUAUAUUACCAUGAUUAUGAGCUCAGUGAUGGGAAACGGUUAUGUGCUUCCACCUUAUUCGGAAAGAGUAUUUGCCAGGGCGAUAGUGGCGGCCCACUGCUAAUUAAUGGCCUGCAAGUUGGAAUCAACAGCGCUGCAGCAGGAUGUGCCGACCCGCGAUUUCCUGCUCUUUUCAUCCGCGUUGCUGCCUACGUAGACUGGAUCAAGACUGUAGUGGGCAAAAGCGUUCCAGUCAUGCCAGUAACACUAAUAACAGCAGCAUAAAACUCCCGAAUGAGAACCACGAAUGAAUUAUCAACAUUUUAUCCUUUUUAAUACUACAGAAAAAUCGUUGUUGUCUUCCUAUUUAAUUUCAAUAAAUUUUUAGGCACAAAAA